CCGGUACAGUGUGAGGGAUGGUUACGAUACAAAAAUCUUUAUGCUAUGAAAUUAAACAAAAUGGUAAGCUGAUUAAAAAAAACCUAAAAUGUAACAAAAAUUUAACAAAAUUGAUAACUAUUUUGAAACACUAUUCUCCGCAUCAAAAUUCAAAACGAAACAAAGGAAGGCUAUGCGAAGAUUAAUUUAACACCGCAGUGUGUUUUGAAUUUUUAUAUGAGUUAAGCAGACAUGAAAUCGUAUAUUAAAAUUUUUGUUGGUUUUGAAAAUAUUUCAGAAAUUUGAGGGAAGAAUGCGAAUCUCUAUAGAUCUAAAAAGACCAGAUCGACAACAAAGAUCUGUAAUUAGGUUAAAAGAAUCCUCUUGAACGGCCACUCUUACAAAAAAUCUUAGAUUGUCUAUGCCUCGAAUACCUGCCAAAAAUGGUUGUAGCACCGCAAUAUUUAAGACUAAAAGUUGAAAACGCCAGACUUCGACUGUUUCUUUCUUCAAACACUCAAUGUUGAUUACGUAUUUAUAAGUGUUUAGCCAAAGCCAGUCAGGUUCCAAACAUGAACUAUUGAAACUGGCCAUAAUUGUUAUGAUGAGAAGAAACAAUAGUGAAAAACGGUUGAGAUUUGUCUUAGGUUUUUUUAAAUUUGUCUUGGGUUUUCCAUAUAUUAAUAAGGAUUUUAGCUGCUUGAUAUUCAAUAACAGCAGAUAUUCUUAAACAUACUGAAUCAACGAAGGCAAUUCUGAACAGUGUCAAACAAAGAGCUUUAGUACGCUUUGAAAGGUUUGCUUUUAAAGAACAUUUUGAAGGACAUACUUUUGUUGUAGGGAUUGAGUUUUUGACAUAUUUGGACUAUAUUUGCAAUUCCAAUCACAUUUUCAUUAUCAAGAAAUAUAAUCUUAUAUUCAGAGGCUUAAAUUACUGACCAAUUGCUUUGAAAAUGACAUAACUUUGCAAAAAUCCGAAAAAUUCCCAAACAAAGGAUAAAAAAUACCAGGUAAAAUAAUCCUACAGACUGAACAAAUUUAAUAUGCAAAUUCAUUUCAAAAUAUUCGCUACCAGUUCGAACUUAUACUGGGUUUCUCGGCGUCACAAUAUUGAAUAACAUCACACAGUCAAAACAAAGGCAAGUAAUUAAAAAAAAUGUAUACAGAACUAUAUAAGAUAUUAGCAGUAUAUAGACUUUUGUGUUAGUUGAAUCAAAUGAGAUCAGCACCAUGUCCGACAAGUUGAGUAUACGCAUGGAAAAAAUAAGAACUUGCAACUAACUUCGUCAUUGGGUUUUUUAUUCAAGCAAAGAUAUCUGCAGCCUUGCCCGUCGCUAGCCCAUCGGGGUUGACAACCAGGUCAAAUAUUUUUCGACAAAGAGAAUAUGUCACCCUCCAUUUACUAACACAUUGGAAGCUUUCCAAAAUAAUUUUUAAUGCACAAAUAGAAAAGAAGCUUUGUUUUUGACAUUCAAUUGAACAGAAUUUUGUUCAAUGAGGUUAAGACUUUGCUUGGUCUAUUGCAUCUAGUUCACCGAUACUCUGCUGGUAUGGCUCUUAAUCCUUGGUGUGGUGUGGGGAUUACCUUUUUCAAAAUUUCAAAAUGAAAACAGCUGUCCUUACAAGCAGGAAAAAGCUCAAACACUUUGGUGAGGAAAUCCAUCGACCUAGAAUGUAAACAUUUCCUAGAUUACAGUGAGUAAAAAGCUGUGGAAAACGACAAGAAAACAGAAGCUUUGCACUAUCCUAGUCAUCAUAAAAAGUUCAGUCGUUCAUGGAAAGCUAGAUGGUUCUUGGGCGUGAUCUAUGGUUGACAAGAUCGGCUCGCUAAAAUUAACUGGAAGGAAUCAAGUGAUGGAAGGAUCUUCAACUGAAGCGUGCUUGAGGCACGCUGUUUUGAGAAAGUCCUUCAGAUCUGAUAUCUGCAAAGACCGAACUCAGCAAGGCUGUACUGAAGUAUACAAAGUCCGUUGCGAGAUUUGCAACAAAAAAUUCAAAAGUCGUUCAACUUUCGAAGCACAUUGCUUGAGUCCGAGGCAUCUUUGGAAACUGGAGCAGCGAAGCAUGACGUCAUCAAUUGAAGUGACAACAGAUGCUGAAAUGGAUGGCGGCGGUGGAAAAUCGAAGCUUCUAGAUGAAAUGAAAGUCUUGCGAAAUGAAGGACUUGCGUCACAAGAAUCUGACCCCAAACAAUCAGCAUUGCUGCUAGCAAAAGCGGGAAAAGGGUAUUUCCGAAUUAAUGAAUUGGAAAUGGCAAGAGAUUGCUUGCAGAAAGCAUUGGACUUAGCAAAUGAAUGCUUGAAACACAGGUUAGAUGACGAUAACUCAGACGAUUUGUACCAGGACGAUGUAUUCGAGAACGAAGACGGCAACAACAAUGUUAUGAAUGACAGUGACAAAAACAGAAUGGACAGUGAAAUUGAUGAUGUGGAAUUCAGGGGCAGGACCCAAACAAAAACUCGGCUUAAAAGACUUAAGAUGGAACAAAUGAACAAAAUGUAUUCUAAUUACAAACUACAGCGAGGCACUGUGGAUUUGUACGAGACAAUGAUCCAAUGCUAUGCUGAAAGUUUUGAUAUCAGCCCGGCUGAUGACGAUAGAACUGAGGAUGGAAAGAGGAGCACUUUGAAGACCUCAGAAAUACUCAUGAACCGAGACUUGGUUUUAAAAGAGCUAGCGGAUACUGAAAAUACUUACGUGGAUAGUUUAGAAUUCCUUGUUGAGAAAAUAAUACCAGUUUUUGCCAUGUGUGAAGAGGAUCGAAUUAGGGAAAUCACCCCUGCUAUUUUUGGGAAUAUAGAUGCAAUCUACGAAUGGCAUCGUGGUGUAUUUCUUGAGAAAAUAGAGGAUUGUUUGGAAGAUCAUGAACUUCUUGGUCCAACCUUUAAAGAACACGAAGCCGAGCUAACAGAUCUUUAUGAACUUUACUGCCAAAAUAAACCACAUUCGGAUGAUGUGCUUGUUCAGUUUGCAGAAGAAAUUGAUCAGGUUUACCAUAAUAUCAAUACCAACUACACGAUUUUGGAUUAUCUCAUCAAACCUGUUCAAAGAAUUAUGAAGUAUCAACUGUUGCUGCAAAGUAUUAUUAAAUUCACAAGAAAAAUGGGAGAGAGCACAGAAAGUAUGCAGGACGCACUGGAGGUGAUGGAAAUCGUCCCUAAGAAAGUCAACGACAAAAUGCACCUGGCAAUGAUAGUUGGAUAUACUAAAAACCUUGACAGAGGCGAACUUGUAUUGCAGGAUACUCUGGGUGUUGCGUUUGGUGGAGGAAAAGCUAAACCGAGGCAGUAUCGACUUUUCUUAUUCAGGGAAUUCUUGUUGAUAACAGAGACGGUAGCGAGGGUUGGCCGCUUGCCGCAAUAUCGGUUCAUUUUGGAACUCAAGACUUGUAGACUGGGUGUAACUCACUCUGUAGAGAACGAUCCCAUGAGAUUUGCCAUCUGGACCCGCAAAUUCAAGACCACAGACAUUUACGUUUGCAUGGCGGAAACAAGUGAAAUGAAGGAAACCUGGCUCAAAGCUCUUGGUGAAGUCGUAAGCCUACACGGCUCUGGUGUUUCAACAGAUUCUGUCAAAAAGGAGCUGACACCAUCAAUCUAUAAAAAUUCUGUCCGGGAGCCGAAUUUAUCAGCAGAGCAAAUAGUUCGAAAAGCAACAAUAGGGCAUCCAAGAGAAUAUUCCAUGUCAACAAGGCUAAAGUCGAAUAUAGCAAAAUUUCUAAUGGAGGAGUUGACGAUGAAUGGACAAGACAGCGGCUUAGAGGAAAUGGGUAACAGUAGUAGUGACGGCGAAUUUGGAUUCGAGAAACCAGGUAUAAAAAGCAAUGGGACUCUUAAAGAAUUUGGUCUUGAGCGGUCUGAGAGCUCAUCUGAUGAUGACGAUAAAUGUCAAUGUCAAAGUAUGUCACAAGGAAGUUUGUCAGCUAUUGAAGAAGAAAACAGUAUUAAAACUAAAAAGGGAUUUAGGCUAUGGAAAUCAAUGAAAGAAAGAAAUGGAACUUAUAGUAAAAGCUCGAUUAGUGUAAAACAAAAAAGAUUAUGGCGGAAGGACAAAGGGGGCACUGAGAGAUCAAAUUCAUUGCCUGCUGUAAUGACAGACGAAAAUAUUGAGGAACUGACUAUCCCAGAAGCUAAUGAUAAUUUAAUUUCGUUGACCAGAGAAGAGGUUUUUGACUUUCGAUCAGUAGCUGCUGAAGCACAGCUACUUCUGGUUCAAGUGGAGUCUUCGUUAACUUGGGAGAAAGUCGAUGAACUACUUGAAAAUUCACUGUCACUGUUUUACGAUGUCAAAAGUCUGAAAGAUAUUGCAGAGGAUUGUACCGUGAGAGAAGUGCUGUUAAAGAAAUGCGAGGCACUGUAUCAAUCUUUGAAAAGAAGAAAAUAUUUCAAUGACCAAGAACGGGGGACUGUGGACUCUUUUUACAGCUACGAUGGCCAUUUCCGAUUGUUAACGACUUAUGCAAAUCUAGUUGCUGGAAAUACGACUUCGUCUUGGCCGAUUUUCCUAGCCACGCUAGCAGCUGUAUCAGCCAAGAGUGAGAGAAGAUGGACAGACACGUACACCGCAAACAGACAAUUAUCAGACAUCUAUAGAAAAGCUCAGAAAUUUGAUUAUUCUGUGAGCUGUUUAGUUGACGAGUUCAGUAUCCAACUGGAUAAAAAUGACGUCACAGCAGCAACUUGCCUCCUGAAAGAUGCCUUCGAGACAGCUCUCCUUUCUGGAGACAAAGAGAAAUGUCGAUCAUUGGACAAACUGGCCGGUAAAUUGCUAGAGGAAAAGAAAGAAAAUUCUUUAAAUGAAGAUUCAUCUUCACUGAGAUUAGUUAUUGAAAUGAGCAAAGCUUAUCAAAGUUUGGAUUAUGAUUGGUUUUAUCAAAAUUAUCAACGAAUUUGUGAAUGUCACAACGAUCUGCACACUGAAGAGAGGCACGAUCUAAGGGAGAUAUUCAUGCAUUUGUUAGAACAUCUGAAGGAAUCAAAACGCAAAAAAUCUGGGGAAAUUUUUGUUUAAUUUUCUCAAAUAAAUUCAAAUUAUAGAUACAUUGUUGCCUGUUUAUUCUCUGUUUUUCACCUAUCUAAAUUGAAAUUUAAAUACUUUGUGAGAAAUACUUUGUAAAUUGAAAUUGAAAAAAUUGCAAGUC